CUCUGGGUGUCAACGGACUGUACUUUAUAAAGCACUUCUUCAAGAAGUCACAAGAAACAUUCAUGACCUUUAUGAUGUCUAGUAUAUUUUUGUGAUCACAUCAUCGGGCAUACAUACCAUCGUGCAACUAUGAGAGAGGAACAGAAUGCAGAACCUCAACCAGACCGACAGGAGGAGAUUCCUGUUGGCCAUAUCAACUUGGCUUUCACACAGGAUGAGAAAACACAGGACGAGAACCCAGAGAGUCCUCCACAGGAAGAGUCCAAAUCCAAAUCAAAGACCAAGAAGAUUAAGAAAAAAAAGUCUGAUAAGCCAAAGGAACCAGUAAAAUCAGUUGGACUUUUCCAGUUGUUUCGUUAUGCCACCUGUCCAGAGGUCUUCCUGAUGCUGAUUGCUCUUCUGUGCGCUGCUGUUCAUGGUGCUUCACUGCCCAUAAUGUGUAUUGUGUUUGGACAGAUGACUGACAGCUUUGUACAAAGUGGACAAAAGUUCAAUUUUACAGGAAACCUCACCUUUAACUCUACACUGAAUCCUUCAGAAUGUGUUCCUAUACCAGGAGUAGACAUUGAAGCAUCAAUGACAAAAUAUGCUUAUUACUUUGUUGGUAUUGGGGCUGCAGUCUUGCUCGUUGGAAUAUUCCAAGUCAUGCUAUUCGUACUGACGGCCACUAGACAGACCAAGCGGAUCAGAGAGAAGUACUUCCAUGCGAUCCUCCAUCAACCGAUGACAUGGUUCGACAUGCAUCCCAUUGGAGAACUUAACACUCGACUCACAGAUGACAUAAACACAGUAAAUGAUGGCCUGGGAGACAAGAUCUCUAUAUUUGUGCAGUUCUUCUGCAGAUUUAUUACAGGAUUGGUUAUUGGAUUUGUUUACGGCUGGAAGUUGACCUUGGUCAUUUUGGCAGUGAGCCCACUGCUGGCAGGUUCAGCUGGUGCAUGGUCUAUGAUUCUUGCAACUCUUACGACUAAAGAGCUGACAGCCUAUGCUAAAGCAGGAGCUGUGGCUGAGGAGAUACUUGUGGCCAUUAGGACAGUCAUUGCAUUCAAUGGCCAAAACAAGGCUUUGCAAAAGUACAAAACUAACUUGGCAGAUGCAAAGAGCUUUGGAGUGAAGAAAGCUAUUACCACAAAUGUUUCACUAGGACUAACACAGUUCUUCAUAUUAGGAACGUAUGCUCUGGCGUUUUGGUAUGGCACAAAGCUUUCUGUGGAUGAACCAGAAAAUUACUCCAUUGGAAAAGUCCUCACUGUCUUUUUCUCAGUGAUGAUUGGAGCAUUCUCUCUGGGUCAGGGAGCUCCCAACUUGGAGAGUGUUGCUAAAGCCCGUGGUGCUGCAUAUAUGAUCUACAACACCAUCGAUAUGCCUCGUCCCAUUGACAGCAGUUCAAAAGAAGGAUACAAACCAGACAGUGUUCAAGGUGACAUUGAAUUUAAAAACAUUCACUUCAGUUACCCUUCCAGAAAGGAUGUUAAGAUCCUGCAGGGAAUAAAUCUAAAAGUACCCCGUGGAAAGACAAUUGCUCUGGUGGGGUCCAGCGGUUGUGGGAAAAGCACCACCAUUCAACUGCUGCAACGGUUUUAUGAUCCAGAUCAAGGAGAGGUCACCCUGGAUGGUCGAGAUCUCCGCACUCUAAAUGUGCGCUGGCUGAGAGAAAACAUUGGCAUUGUGAGCCAAGAGCCUGUACUCUUUGGAACCACUAUUGCAGAGAACAUUCGUUAUGGUCGGGAGGAUGCCACUGAAGAGGACAUUGAACGGGCAGUGAGAGAGGCCAAUGCUUAUGAAUUCAUCUCCAAACUACCAGAGAAGCUGAACACCAUGGUGGGAGAGCGUGGGGCACAACUCAGUGGUGGGCAGAAGCAAAGGAUUGCCAUUGCACGUGCUUUAGUUAAAGACCCCAAAAUCCUUUUGCUGGAUGAAGCAACAUCAGCCCUGGACACACAGAGUGAAGCUAUUGUCCAGGCUGCUUUAGAUAAAGCAAGAGCAGGCCGAACCACCAUAGUGAUUGCUCACCGGUUGUCCACAAUCCGUACUGCUGAUCUAAUUGCUGGCUUCAAUGAUGGUCAAGUGGUGGAGCUCGGCACUCACAGGGAGCUUAUGAACAAGAAAGGAGUCUAUUACUCUCUUGUCACACAGCAGUCACAAAAAAGUCCAGAAGAUGAUGAUGAUGAUGAUGAUGGUGAUGAUUUUGACGAUUUUGAUUUUGAUGAUGAUGAUGAUGAUAUUGAUGGAACGGGAGAAACGUACGAAAAUCCUGACAACCUUCUGGAAGUCACGAUAGAAAACGGUGGACUUGAGAGAAAUUCAAUAAGACGUAGCACAACGAGAUCAUCAAAAAGGAAUUCAAAGAAAAAAAAGAAGUCAAAAAAGUCUAAAUCUAAGAAAGAGAAGAAGGAGAAAGAAAAGGUUGCAGAUGUCCCUUUCACCAAAAUUCUGGCUCUGAACAAACCUGAGUGGCCCUACCUGACAGUGGGUAUACUGGCCAGCAUUGUGGGAGGAGCUGUCUACCCUUGUGUGGCUAUCCUCUUUGCCAAAAUCAUUGGUGUAUUUGCUGAGUCUGACCCUGAAGUGAAGCGACAGAAGACUCUGAUGUUCUCCCUUCUGUUUCUCCUGCUUGGAGCUGUGUCGUUUAUCACCUAUUUCUUACAGGGCUACAUGUUUGGCAAGUCUGGGGAAAUUUUAACUAUGAGACUGAGGAGUCAGGCAUUUAAAGCCAUUUUGAGACAGGACGUUGGCUGGUUUGAUAACCACGACAAUGCAGUAGGAGUCCUAACCACUAAGCUAGCAACAGACGCAUCAAUGGUUAAAGGGGCAGCAGGAUCUAGACUGGGUUUGACCAGCAACACUGUCUGCUCCCUAGGAAUUGCUGUGAUCAUAGCCUUCAUUUAUUGCUGGCAACUAACCCUUCUUAUCCUUUCCUGUGUACCAUUCCUUAUUGGGUCCCAUUUUAUCCAAAUGAGAGCUCUAGGAGGUCAUGCUUCCAAAGAUCAGAGUGCACUAGAAAUGUCUGGCAAGAUAUCCACAGAAGCUGUUGAAAACUUUAAGACGGUGGUUGGGUUAACAAGAGAAGAUGUCUUCUACAAAAAGUUUAAUGAGAGCCUCAGUAAACCAUAUCGGUCUGCUUUAUGUAAAGCACCUAUCUAUGGACUAACCUUUGCCAUUUCCCAAGCAAUUCCUUUCUUUGUUAAUGCUGCGGUCUUCCGUUUUGGUGCCUGGCUGAUUGCACAUUGCUACACUGAAUAUGAGAAUGUUUUCCUGGUAUUUUCUGUUAUUGUCUUUGCCGCCAUGAGCAUUGGCCAGACCUCUUCAUUUGCCCCAGACUUUGCCAAAGGUAAAGCUGCAACUGGGAGAAUCUUAAAAUUGCUUGACACAGUCCCUGAGAUUGACAUCUACAGUGAGGCAGGAGACAAACCAACAAACUUUAUGGGAGACAUAGAGUUCUCUGAUGUGCACUUCUCGUACCCUACACGUCCAAACACAAAGAUUCUGCAAGGCCUAAACAUAUCGGUGGCUCAAGGGCAGACAUUGGCACUGGUGGGAGGCAGUGGCUGUGGGAAAAGCACCUCAGUUCAGCUGCUGGAACGGUUCUACGACACUGCCAGUGGGCAUGUGUUAAUGGACGGGGUGGACACUAAGAAACUGAACCUUGCUUGGCUUCGCUCUCAGCUGGGUCUGGUCUCUCAGGAACCCAUCCUGUUCGAUUGCACCAUUACUGAGAACAUACAGUAUGGAGACAACAGCCGUGUGGUCAGCCAGGCAGAGAUUGAGGAGGCUGCUAAGAAUGCUAAUAUCCAUGACUUUAUUCUUAGCCUGCCAGAGAAAUACAGCACACGUGUGGGAGAUAAAGGCGCUCAGUUGUCUGGUGGCCAAAAACAGAGGAUAGCGAUUGCUCGAGCUUUGGUCCGACAACCUAAAGUGCUGCUACUGGAUGAAGCUACAUCAGCCUUGGACACCGAGAGUGAAAAGAUUGUGCAAAAAGCUCUGGAUGAUGCUCGACAGGGCCGCACGUGCAUUGUCAUCGCUCACCGAUUGAGCACUAUCCAGAACGCUGACAUCAUUGCAGUCAUUCAGAAUGGCAAGGUGGUUGAGAAGGGCACACACAGCCAGCUAAUUGCCAAACAAGGAGCGUACUAUGCCCUUGUAAAUGCCCAAGUUUCCCACUAACUGUCACUGUAUUUUUAUAAGCAUCUGUGUCAUGCAAAGUCAUAUGUAGCGGAAUCUUACACACAACUCUAUUUACAAAGUAUUAGUGAUUGCCAUUAGAAAGGAAUACAUACUUAUAUCUCUUUGACAAAAACUACAUGUAGUUUAUUUAUCCUCAUAGUACUCAUAGUGUAUCUUACACCUCGCAAAUAUAAUGUAUUUUUGUUGAACUAUAUGUGUACAACAAUGAAGUUAUAGCUUAAAAUAUGGUCUUAAUGUAAUCAGAAAAACAAAUAUAUUUGGUUUACAUGUAAAUAUAUUUGUUGAUUUAACUUUAAAUCGAUUAAUUUAGGUACUCAGGAAUAAAGGAAUAAAGAUACAUAUAGUACCUUAUUUAUAACCUACUCAUUAAACAUUUCUUUGCGAUAAAAAGUCUUUAGUUAUGACAUGGUACAUGGCCAAAAUUUUGAGGAUACCUGCAUUAUAUCACACCCAUAUGUGGUUCUUCCCCAUAGACCAGUGGUUCUCAAUCUUUUAAGAUAACGACCCCUAGAUUAAGAUUGACAAGAACUCAUGACCCUCGCUGCCACUGAAUACACAAAAAUUAAACAAAACUAUUUGUUUUAGUCCAUUCACAUUUUAAUAAUAUUUACUUCAAUACAUUUGAACGAUAAUUAAGAAGCUCCAAGCUCCAUCCGUGAUCUUAAGGGUUUUUUCAUAUAUGUAACAGCGGGGAAAAAUCUCCUCGCACAAAUAUGUAGAUUUGAAUUGGAGGAGUACAUCCAUUGCCAAAUUCUUUGCGGCCUUCUGGGCUAUUAUUCUGCCACUGCCAUCCAACAUUGAGGCAGUGUAGAACUGGAAAAUAAAGUUUUUAAUGUUCGAUCACUAGACAACUCCAGCAAAGCAGCUUCCAGGUUUGUGGGGAGAUGAGUCCUAGGUUCAGAAAAAAGUUGUUGUAUCCAGUCAUACAGCUGUGGUCGUGUCUCCUUUGAGAGAUAAUUGUUCCAACGGGCAGUGGAGAUGACCAGUGACAUGUGCUUUCAGGUUGCUGAUCCUCAGUCCACUCUCCUCUUGUUGCUCCUCUAGCUCAAGAAACAUCUCCACAAUACCCUGUUCACCGCUCAGCCCAUCUUUCCAACUUUUUCACGAAUGCAGCAACUUUGUCAUUCAUUGUCAGAAUGUUUGUGUUUGGCCCUUGUAAUAUCAGAUUCAACAUGUUCAGCCUUUCAAAUAUACAUGCAAACAUGUGCAACAGGAUUUGACAACCAAUCUGGAUGUGACAGAUGAUGGGAAAAUCUCAGUUUUGAGUCUUUUAACAAUGAGUGCACUCUCAUGCAGUUCAUAAAGCUGACUGAGUGCACUUCCUGUUAUAACCAUCAGUUUUCGGUAAGUCGUGACUUGACCUGAUAGUCUGCUGAUUGCUGGAUGAGAUUUUGUGUGAUUUAUAUGCAAUUCUGACUGAAUAAUUCAGAACACUGUUAAACUAAGGAUCAAGUGAGGAUCAAUGUGAGGAGCCACUUCUAGAACCUUGGACUUAAGUCCUUUGUUUUUACCUGCCAUUGCAGCUGCUCCAUGAUUUAUCCCAUGAAAUCCCAUUUCUACUAUUUUGGUGUCCAGCUUGGUGAAAAUAUCUCUCCUGUUCCCUCCAUUGCUGAGCAGAAGAUCAUAUCAUCAUUAAGUUUGCUGUUAAAUGAGAAACACUGCAAUAGACAAUUGUCUAUAAUGUAUUUUUAUGCUGUAGCAUUAAGUUUUGGUUUCACUGGAACUGAGGAGUCUAUCGCAAUCCUAUUCCAGUAUGACACCCUGAGCGGAUUCCAUUAAAACAUUUGAUAUGAACUAGAAAGUGACUGUGCACCAGGCUUCCUCAGCCAACACCAGUACCUAACCUCACUAAUGCGGCAGAAAAUCCCAUAGCCACACUCCAAAAUCUAAUAACAAACCUUCCCAGAGAGGAUUCAUUUGGAAUGGGAUGUUCAAAAUAAGCAUACGUGUAUGAUGGUACACGUACUUUUGGCCAUAUAUUGUACUUACUUAAUGAUAUUAUUUCUUCUGAAUUAUUCUAAACCUGCUGUUUGUUCUGUAUCUCUGUAUAGGAUUUUUUCGUAAGUCUGUAAAUGUACAUAAUGAUUUGUGACUUUUUAUGAUUUUUUUUUUUAAUUUUGUUUUGUAUGCAUGAUUGUACAUAGGAUUAAUAGUAUUUCAUAGUGUAAAUAAAAAGCAAAAUACUGUGAGUUUAUAAAGUG